GAGUGGCUGGAGCUGGCGGGUCCCUGAGCAGUGAGUAGCAGGAGCCGCACGGAGUCGGAGGGACACACAAGCAGAGCUGUGUGUGUGUCUGUGUGUCUGUGUGUGUGUGUGCCAGGCGCAGUGCACAGGGAUCUGCGGGGGUGCGCAGCGAUGUCUUCUCCUUCCAAGACGAAGGAGGUUUUCUCCUCGGAUGAAGAGGGCGCAGCAGCUGGUGCCGAGGAUCAUCACAAAAUCAAAGUCUCCAGUUUGCCUUUCAGCGUGGAAGCGCUCAUGUCCGACAAAAAGCCCUCCAAAGAGGUGCCCGUCACCCCCGGCGGGGGAGGCAUGGAAGGAGCUGGCCUGGGCACCUCCCGGAACCUGCUGCUGCCAGGGCACGGCUCCAGUGAAGCUCACAGCCCCGGGGGGCUUACAAAAACUUUGGAAACCUCGUCGGUCAAAUCGGAGAAUUCCGAAGACGGCAGCUCCUGGAUUCAAGAGGCCGGGAGAUAUUCCCCUCCACCAAGACACCUGAGUCCCACAGCAUGCACACUGAGGAAGCACAAGACUAAUAGGAAGCCCAGAACCCCUUUCACCACUUCCCAGCUGCUGGCUUUGGAGCGCAAAUUCCGCCAGAAACAAUAUCUGUCCAUCGCAGAAAGAGCAGAAUUCUCCAGCUCUCUCAACCUCACAGAGACCCAGGUCAAAAUCUGGUUCCAGAACCGGAGGGCCAAGGCCAAGAGACUGCAGGAGGCCGAGUUAGAGAAGCUAAAAAUGGCAGCAAAGCCCAUGCUGCCUUCUGGGUUCAGUCUACCUUUCCCCAUCAACUCUCCCAUCCAGGCGGCCUCACUGUAUGGACCAUCUUAUCCUUUUCACAGACCUGUGCUUCCCAUCCCACCUGUAGGACUCUAUGCUACUCCUGUCGGAUAUAGCAUGUACCACUUAUCUUAAGAAGAUCCAAAGGAAAGCAACGGCUCUAUAGACUUCCUGGCGGAUCUUGUCCAAUCCGAGAACGCACUAGAAAACCAGUUCUGGUUAUUGUUUCUGCCGUCUUCUAUGUGCCAUGCCAAGUGUAUAGGAGUUUGCAUUAGAAAAGUAAAGCAGCCUGUAUGCUACAGGUUGGGAAUGCAGCCAGGGUCUCCUCUCAACUUGAUCUGAGCACUCAGACUCUGAUCCUGAAAGAAAAAUAUAAAAACAUAUACAAUUAAAUAAAUAUAGUUCUCUUUAUAUACUGCACAUGAGACAAAGGAAUCGGUAAACAAUAAAUCCUGUAUUUUCAAGGCAUAGUUUCCUUAUCCCCUUCCUAGAGGAGCCCCAAGACCUGUUUUAAAGUAGGAGUGGUUCCUUCCCUAAACUGAAGCUUAAGUCUUGUCACUUAAUAUUUGGGCAGUUAAAGGUAUUAUCGAGUUUUGUUUUUAAAACAAACCCUAGAAGACAGAGAAUCACUGUAAAUAGGAAGUAAGCCCCAGUAGAGUCAGACUGAGGCCAAAGGCAGCAAGUUCCUGCAUUUUCAAAUGGGGCCACCCUGCACCAAAGCAACAAAGAGCGUACCCGGACCGCAGGAUCGGGCCCCCAAAUGAGUAAAGUCUAUAAUAACUUUACCCACCCCAUUAUCGGAUCAUUUAUUUCCCCCCCCUUUUUUUUUUUUUUUUGUAGAACUCGCUUAAACAUUUUUUUCAAAGCACUGUGGGGGAGGAGGGAUGCACAGAGAGGGCUCUAGGCAAAGAGUUUUGUCUUUAUCCCUUCCUGCUUUGCGUGUUUAAUAAUUUCAUCUACAGCCAGGUGUACGUACGCUUGGUUCUAUGAUGCUAUUCGAAGCGGGCGGGGUGGAAGCAUACUAUAGACAUAUGGAGAAAAGAGGUGGGCUUUUUUUUUUUCCAGAGUGUGCAAGGACUAUCAAACCAUAAUGCAGAGUUGUUUUUUUAUUUGCAAUAAUUUGUGCUUUUAAAAAAAAUCACCUUGUAAAGAAUGCCAAUAUCGUGAAUCAUACUUAAGCAUUUCUUGAAAACACCAAUAGAUUCAGGUACCAAAAAGAAACAUAUGGGACAAUAGGAUGCCACUGCUCUGCAAACUGAUCUCCUUUCCUGGAUUUCACUGGGGGAGUUCUGCUUACAAACCAAUGGCACGAUAGAGCCCAGGCUUAUAAUCAUUAUUGUUUUAUUAUUAUUAUUAUUACUAGCGCUAAACUUUGUGGUAAAGUUACUAUAGAGAAUGCAGCUAGCUGAAGGCAGAACUUCUCCUGGAUGCAUUUUUUUAAAAGCAUGUUGUGAAGAGAGAGAAGAAAAAAAAAAAGAGCCACAAAGUUUUGACCUACUCCAGGAUGUGUUGUCUUCCACUGUAGUUCAGUCCCCCACCUGUCUCCACUCCCAUUAUAUUAAAGUCCCUUUGAAAGGGAUGUCUUGUACAAUUUUAUAUAUUUUAUUGAAGAUUUAUUAUUUCUUAUCUCUUUCGAAUUAAAUUAAAAAAAAACCAA